UGACGGAGUGUCCGUUGUUUGUGUCUCAAAUGAGCGGACUGGAAAAUUAAAUUUAAAGGGUGUUAAAACUAGUGUUUUUCCAUCAAAAUUUUUGUGUUGACGUGGAAAGAUCUGUGCAGUGAGCUAACAUUGGAGUGCAGUCCUGAUUUGCAACAGAAGACUGAUUUUUUCGUCGAGUUUUAAUCCUGCCUCUGUCUCGAAGCUAAGUACCCUUGUUGCAUUUGUUUUUUUGUUUGUUCUACACGGGCAAGUGCCCGGACCAGUAGAAAUGGUCAAAGACGGUGAUACACACAUGCAGCCUUGCGCGCAGUGUGCGAAACCGAUCACAGAAGAAGACGAGACGUUAGAAUGUUUCGGUCACUGUAGACUCGAAAUACACACAAACUGCUUGCCCGGUGCUACCGCGGUGGAGAUCGAUCAGCUGAGAAAGAUCCACAACGCAGUCUUUGUGUGUGAUGCGUGUUAUGCAUUGCACGGGUAUGAGUACGAUGCUGGACACUGUAAUAAAACAUUAGAUGAAAUUGUCAACAAAUUAAAUGAUCUCGCGUGUGUCGUCGAAUUGGUAAAAAACUUUGAACAAAAAGUGCGAAAAAUUGUUAAAAGUGAAUUAGUGAAAAAUAACUCUAGUGUGACAGUGCAAAAAGAUAAUAAGGAGCAAAAUGGACGAGUUCUUCGAUCAGAAACCAAGAAAAAUAAACCGGAAACACCAGUGUCUAAUAUUGCAAACGUUGAGGAGACACCCAAAUCAACGUUGUCGUUUGCGGAAGUGACCAAAAUUGGGCGCGUAAAGCAAAAAGCAGCGAAACCACCAGAUGAAGCAGAGCCGACAGCCCCAAAGCAGUACAAGAAACCGGAGCCGGUUAUCGUUAUCAAGCCUAAGCAGGGUACGGAAGCCGGAAGCACAAGGGAAGAGCUGAAAAAGAAAGUGAACCCGAAAAAUUUGAACGUCAGUCGCGUGAUUCAAGGCAAAGAUGGAGCGGUAAUGGUAGUUUUGAAGGAUGAAGGAUCGUCGAAACAGCUGAAGGAGAGUGUCAAGAAGGCAAUGGGAGAUAAAUUUGACGUGUCUGUACGAGAAAGCAUUAAACCUACAAUCAAAAUAGUUGGAAUGAAUGAGGAGUAUGAGGAAGAGGAACUACAGGAAACGCUGGUCAGCCAGAAUGACGUCUUUCAAGGUAUCAAGCACUUCAAACUGCGGAAGUUCCUGAGCAACCCAAGGCGAGAAUAUGCACAGUACUCUGCGAUUGUGGAACUGGACGCUGCGACAUUCUUUAAGGUGAUGGAGCUGGAAAAACUCAACGUUGGAUGGGACCGUUGCCGUGUUUUCGACGGUGUGGACGUUCUGCGUUGUUUCAAGUGCUGUGGAUUCAAUCAUAAAGGUGCUGAUUGCAAAGUGGAAAGUGAGAUAUGCCCAAUUUGCAGCGAAAAUCAUCGCGUAAAGGAGUGUAAAGCGACCCAAGAAAAAUGUAUCAACUGUGAAAAGUUCCGUGUAGAACAGAAGCUGGAUAUUGCCGUUGACCAUGCUGCCUGGAGUGUCGACUGUCCUGUUUACUUGAGGUUCAAAAAACGACGAGAAAAACAAGUCGAUUUCACGCUGUAGCAACCAGAGAAACCGGAAGUCAUCAGUAUGAACAUUGCUGGAAUAUCGUCGCACUUUGAUGAGCUGGUGCAUCUUGUAGAGAAACUAGAGCCAAAAGUUGUUAUCCUGACGGAAACGCACCUGACAGCAUCGCACCAUCUGGAGAACUACAACAUUCGGAAGUACAACAUGAUAAACUGUCUCUCGCGAUCAUCUCACACUGGAGGAGUGACAAUGUUUGUUGACGAUCGCCUACGAGCGACAACUGUUUCGAACCAGACUGCGGGGGAUAAUUGGAUGCUGGCGAUAGAGAUUCACCAUCAACAAUUCAACGGUAUUUUUGGAGGAGUGUAUCAUUCACCUAGCAGCA